UUGGUUGAAAGCAGUUAGGGUUUUUCGUUCGUCUGAUCGAACAAAGAGAUUUGGGGACCUUCGAUGCCAUCUCCGCCGAGAACAUGCGAUUAGUAAGGAAUGCUCCUCAGGCGGAGGAUACUAUCGCUCACGGCGUCUCUCAGGAGCUGCAAUCUCACUCCAUUGCCUCCUCCUCCUCAUAACUUCUCUUCCUACGCUAAACCUCCAAUCGCCGCCGGAGACAUCCUAAUCCGCGAAGUCAAAGACUGGUUCAAACGCGACGCUGCUCACCCGCAAAGCCACGACCACGACCUAAUCAACCGCAUCAGCGACAUCCUCAAAUCCCCCUCAAACAACGACGGCGAUGACGACCGAGCUUUCUACCGCCACCUCACCUCCCUCCGCCUCCGCCUCACGGAGAAGUUCGUCCUCGACGUCCUCAGCCACACGCGCUACGACCUCCACUCGUGCCUCAAGUUCUUCGACUGGGCCGCCCACCAGCCCGGCUUCCACCACACGCGCGCCACCUUCCACGCCAUCUUCAAGAUCCUCCGCGGCGCCAACCACCUCCGCCUCAUCGUCGAGUUCCUCGACGGCAGCGACGGCUUCGAGGGAUACCGCCACUCGCUACGCCUCUGCGACGCGCUCGUGAUCGGUUACGCCGUCGCGGGACGCACCGACGUGGCGCUCCAGCAUUUCGGCCACAUGAGGUUCCGUGGAUUGGAUCUGGACACGUUCGGGUAUCACGUGCUCUUGAACGCGCUCGUGGAGGAGAAGUGCUUCGAUACCGUCGAUGUGAUCUUCGAUCAGAUCUCCGCGCGUGGGUUCGUCUGCGCGGUUACGCAUUCGAUUUUGGUUAAGAAGUUAUGCAAACAAGGGGAGGUUGAUGAGGCUGAGGCUUAUCUACGCGCCUUGCUCCCGGAUGAUCCUAUUGGUUGUGGGGCCGGGUUAGGGAUCCUGGUUGAUACUCUAUGCUCUCAAGAAAAGUUUCAGAAAGUGACGAGGUUGUUAGAUGAUAUCAAAGUUGUAGGAACGGUUCCGAUGGACCGUGCUUAUAGCAUUUGGAUCAAGGCUCUGAUCGGGGCUGGGUUCUUGAACAACAUCGAGGGUUUCUUGCAGCAGAUUAGUCCGUUAGAAGGUUGCGAGAUCGAGGUCGUUAGGUAUAACUCUCUGAUCUCGAAGCUUUUGAGAGAGAACAAUCUUGGGAGCGUGUAUGAUAUCCUGACGGAGAUGAUGGUGCGUGGAGUUUUGCCUAACAAGAAGACCAUGAACGCUGCGUUGUGCUUCUUCUGCAAAGCUGGGUUAGUGGACGAAGCGCUGGAGUUGUAUAGGUCGAGAGCUGAGAUCGGUUUUGCUCCUACCUCCAUGUCUUACAGCUAUCUGGUUCGUACUCUCUGUGGGGAGAGGCGUGUGGAGCAAGCUUAUGAUGUGUUUAAAGGAGCGAUGGACCGAGGGCAUUUUCUUGGCGCGAAGACGUUUUGUAUACUUGCCAAUGCGUUGUGCUGGAACGGGAAGGCUGACAUGGCGAAGGAGCUGGUUAUCGUUGCCUCGGAACGGGACGCGUUGCCUAAGUUUCUAGGUGGUUGCAAGAUUAUACCGGCUCUUUGCGAUGCUGGGAAAGUGGACGACGCUAUUUUGAUUAAUGAGCUGUUCAACAGAAGCGGUGUGGCCACCACGUUCGGGAUGUUCAUCAGCUUGAUAUACGGCUCGAUCAGGUCGAUGAGGGGAGAUAAAGCUGCGAAACUUAUCGUCAGGAUGCAGGAGAAGGGCUACACACCGACCUAUAGUCUCUAUCGAAAUGUUAUUCGAUGUGUUUGUGCGAUGGAGAGCGGUGACAGAAGCUGUUUCACUACGUUGCUUAACUAUCAGUUGUCUCGUUGGGAACACAAAGUUGGGACCUACAACCUGUUCAUCGAAGGAGCUGGGUUUGCAGGGAAUCCAAAGCUUGCGAGAUUAGUGUACGACCUGAUAGAUAGAAACGGCUUCACGCCGACGCUGGAUUCAAACAUACUCAUGCUUCAGUGUUAUCUUAAAAACGAGAAGAUCGCUGAUGCUCUUGAGUUUUUCAAUAGUCUGCGUGAAAAGGGUGAGGUCAAAAGGAGAUUAUACCAUGUAAUGAUUGUUGGCCUCUGUAGAGCAAAUAGAUUGGAUGAUGCGAUGCAUUUCUUGGAAGAGAUGAAGGGAGAAGGGAAACAUCCUAGUAUUGAAUGUUACGAAGUGCUCGUGCAGAAGUUAUGCAACAGAGAACGGUAUGAGGAGGCAGUUGGGUUAGUCAAUGAGUUCAGGAAAAGCGGGCGUCGCAUCACGUCCUUCAUCGGUAAUGUUCUUUUGUAUAACGCAAUAAAGAGCAAAGGGGUGUAUGAAGCGUGGACACGGAUGAGAGACGUGGAAGUGAAGAUCCCUGAGAUGAAGGCUCUUGGGGAGUUGAUAGGAGUGUUCUCAGGAAGAAUCGAGAUGGAAGGAGAACUGAAGCGGUUAGAUGAAGUUAUAGAGAAAUGCUAUCCUCUGGAUAUGUACACGUACAACAUGCUGUUGAAAAGGGUUGUGAUGAGUCAGGCGGAAGAUGCGUUUGAGUUGGUUGAAAGAAUAGCUCGAAGAGGGUAUAAGCCUAAUGAACGGACUGAGAGGAUCCUUGAUCGGGCUCGACGGAUACUAGGUAAUCUCAAUUCUCGGUCAAGCUUAGGGAUGAGUGGUUGGGACAGCAGACAAGGGCAGCUUGAAUAUUGAAAGAGUAUUGUCGCUGAGAGAGAGGUCAGAUUAGUUGAAUUAAGGAAUAAGGGAAAGAGUAUCUCAGUUGAAUUGGAUUCAAUUUUUUGGUUUAAGUUUUGGAUCAUCAACUAGGUGGUGAUGAGGAAGCCAUAUUGGUCUUAUGAUAUCUUCUCGAGGCUAGGAUGUUCUAACUUACAGAAGCUUUCUUGUCUCUGGAUUGCGAAAAAUGUGUUCUGUCUUUACGCAGAAGCUUUUGUUAGUGUCGUUUAAGACACCCACCAAACUGAAUUUGGGUGAUUAUUAGCAUCACAUCUCCAUUACAUACAAAUGUUUGUAUUCUUUUCUAGAAACAAAAGUCAAUCUUCAACAAUUUUUUUGUCGUAAUCUUUUUAUUGUUUUAACAUGGAAAUUUUAUGGUA